CUCACAAUGUCGACCAAUCACAAAACCAUAUUUUCAUCCAAUCGCGUUUUUUCUUUUGCAUAGAACGUCACAUCCGGGUUGUGCUACAUGCUAGGCAGCGUGUUUGUCUCAGCGGUACUACAGGCUGUUGACUUUGAUCGUCUCAUGGCUAAAGACAAAUCACAACAGAAGCCCCCAAAGAGGGAGAGGUUUCCUCCAAGGGACGAUGAGGUUUGUGUGGAGCAAACCAAAAAAAGCAAAAGCAAAAGGAAGAGGUUGGAAGUAGAAGAGGCUCCAGUCCAAAUUCCAGACAUCACCCUUACAGUAGAGGAAGACCAAAACACUAAAGUCAAGGAGCGCAAAAAGAAACAAAAAAAAGCGCAAACAGAGACGACAAUGCAAAUUGAGAUUUCAGAUCCAGCCGACGCUCCCGAGGGAGAGGAGGACUUGAGCCCGGAGGAGAGGCGGGUCCUGGAGAGAAAGAUGAAAAAGAUCAGGAAAAAAGAGGAGAAGAAGAGGCUGAAAGCAGAGGGGAUUAGCUCUCCCAAAAACGAAGAGUCUGGGCCCACCGCGUCCCAGCAGGCCCUGGAUUACCUCAGCUGCUGGGCUCACAAUCGUGCCGGCUGGAAGUUUCAGAAGACACGGCAGACGUGGUUACUGCAGAACAUGUUUGAUUCUGAACAGAUUCAAGAUGAGAAGUUCUCGGCGCUGCUGCAGUACCUGGAGGGGCUCCGAGGGGGGUCGAGAGACACCACAGUCCAGAAGGCCCUCGUCGUGGUCCAAGAAUCGGGGCGAGCGCCUGAGGAUGGAGACGUCCAGAAGAGGGCGCGCAGAGCCAGAGAAGUCAUCCAGAUGCUUUCCUAAUGACCACACUGAUCUCAGAACAAAGUCAAUGACAAUUAGGAUUCCGAUUUCACAUUGUAUGUGUUAAAUUGCGCAUACUGUAUGGUUACAUUUAUACUGGCUUAUUGGAGGCCUGGAAAUCUGACUGAUGAUGUCAUUGGUCACCUUGUUUAUACUUAAUACUUGUUAUUAAGAGUCAUCUAAAAAAGGGAAUAAGGGUUGCAAAAUGAAGGGAGUUGGAAACUUUGCAUGGGAAUUAACAGGCAUAGACGAGGAAUUUCCUCCUCUUUUGUUCCUCCAUGCACUCUUUUCAAACUUUCUUGCACACAUUUUCAAACGGUAAUCACAACACUUUAUGCUCGCGCUUGAUCGCAGCGUAACGGAAUUUACCUACUUUACACCCUUUUCAACCUUAAUAAGGAGACAUCUAGACGUCUAGAUGUACAUAAGGGUGACUCUGCUAAGACUAUUCAAUACAGUGACGGUAUUUUACUACAUUUUGUAAACAAUUAGAGUACUUUUUAAGAGAAUGUUUUCCGCUUUUUGGGGGGGAACUAACACUGACACCAGAAAUGUUCUUGUGAUAGUAGUCUGUAAAACGUAGACGACGUUUUUCUGAAUUGUAUUUCCAAAACUCAAUAUGCAGCAUUCAUUAAUAAAUAUGAAGAGCACAUUA